AGCUCUUGAUCGAGAGAGAGAGAGAUCGUCUUUUCCUUCGCAACAGACACUUUCGUUUUUAUCUUUUCCUUGUUGGCUUUCUCUUAACUCUCAGCAAUCGAUGGGAUGAUCGAUCGAGACAUGGCAAGCGAGUGAGCUCUUGAUUGGCCGAAGAUCUCUUCCAGAACAGUCAAAUCCCCUCCUCCACCAAUGGCGAGCUCGCCUUGAUCGUGUUCCAGGCAUGGCAUAGAGCGAAGACGAAGAACAAACCAAUCACACCCACUGGGCUCCCUCCCGGGAUCGAUCGAAAGAGCCCAAGCAUUGGAGCAAGAAAGAAUGGAAGAACCAACAGCGAUACCACCACCACAACCGUCGCCAAGCUCGCAAGAACAAGGCGGCGCCAGCUCGAGCUCGAGCGCCGGGCAAGCACUCCGGCGGCAGCGAAGGAGCCCGGGGCCGAGCCCACUGGGCCGAGAGAUCGUGAUGAGCACGAGCACCAUCAUGAAUCCGCCAGAGCCAGCGGCGUUCGUGGUGGAGAGGGGGAGCAAUGGUGGCAGCGGCGCUGGUGGGUUUGUGCGAGAGAUUAGCAGCUCGGGCGGGAGUGGAUCCUCGUCGCGAGUGAGCCCGCUGGAUGCAAAUGGGAACAAGCUGGAGAGAUGGGCGAGCUUGGCGUGGAGGGAUUUGACGGUGAGCUUGGAUGGCAAGAACAAGGUGAUCCAGAGCUUGACUGGGUACGCGACGCCAGGGACGCUCACCGCGAUCAUGGGUCCUUCCUGCUGUGGCAAGAACCAUCUCUUAAAAGCUCUCGCGGGACGAUUCCCAAGCCAUGCCAAAGUCUAUGGUGAGGUACUGCUCAACGGUCGGCCUAGAUAUCUCAAGUAUGGAACUUACGCCUACGUGAGCAAAGGCGAGCAACUUAUCGAAACUCUGACUGUCCGCGAGACGCUCUACAACGCGGCUCUUCUCCAGCUUCCAAAAUGUACGCCGUGCUCCGAGAAAACGGCCGUGGUGGACUCGGCAAUCUCCAGCAUGGAGCUCGAAGGCUAUGGCUCCAUACCCGUCGGAGGAUCGUUUCUCGUCAAGGGUCUCACUCCCGGCGAGAGGAAGCGACUGACGAUAGCCAUGGAGCUUCUCACAAGGCCGACUCUCAUCUUUUGCGACGAACCGAUCGACAAUCUCGAUAGUGUUUCAGCGUUCCUGCUGGUUGCUUCUCUGAAGAAGCUUGCGAGCAAUGGUUGCACCGUAGUGAUCACCACCGAGCGGACUUGUACCGAGGUGUUCCAUCUCCUCACCACCAUUUGCUUGCUCUCCAAAGGAAAGGCUAUCUUUUUUGGAGACACUGCUGCUUGUCUCGAGCUUUUUGCCAGUGCGGGAUUUCCUUGCCCGUCCUUGCAAAAUCCCACUGACCAUUUCCUUCGAGCUCUAAAUGCCGAGUUUGAGAAAGUAAAUCGCAUCACCAAGCUUAACCAGGACUAUGAGCAAGGAGCCUCGCCAUGGCGAAGAUUGGACGCGUCAGUAAUCACAAGAACGCUAGAAACCACUUACAACGCAUCGAACGAAGCCGCCGUUGUCGAAGCUUUGGUCCAUCAGCUCUCCGAAAAGGAGGGACCAUUUCUUAAAUCGCGAGGCCAAGCCAGCUUCACGACCAGAGUGGCAGCAGUGACUUAUCGAUCGUUCCUCAACAUGUCAAGGUGUUUCACGUACUUCUGGCUCAGAUUUCUUCUCUACUUGCCACUCUCCGUUUGCAUAGCCACCAUCUUCUACGGCCUUGGCGACUCCCCACAGCUUGUAACUGUGCGAGCUUCGGCAAUCUUUGCUAUGGUCUCUUUCUUCUCACUUCUCGCCAUCGCCGGCGUUCCAGCACUGGCUAAAGACAUCAAGGUUUAUCGGCGCGAGAGGAAGAACGAUCACACGAGCGCGGGAGUGUUCGUCCUCGCAAACUUCGUGUCAUCGUCUCCAUACUUGCUGCUCGUCUCGGCUGUUUGCUCGUCCGUGUGCUACUUCUUCAUGGAUUUCCAGUCACAAUUCGGCCGCUUUGUCUACUUCGUCGUCACCAUCUUUCUGUGCCUGGCGAUCGUCGAGGCCUUGUUGCUCGUCAUCACUUCCAUCACGCUCAACGUCUUUGCUGCCAUCCUCGUCGCCACAACCAUCCAGGUUUUGAUGAUGCUCUCUGGCGGACACUUUCGAGAACUCGAUCAAGUUCCAAAGACUGUGUGGAAGUAUCCUGCCUCGUAUGCUGCAUUCCACACGUACGCUGUCGAGGGAAUUUUGGAGAACGAAUACUCGAGUAGAAGAGAUUUUCUGCGGCAGAGGUAUGCAAGCUGGGACUCGAGCUCUGGGAAAUGGAUGGAUUUGUGGAUUCUGGCUGCCAUGGCUCUUGCUUACCGAAUCCUGCUCUACUUUUCAUUGCUCCUCUGUAGAAAAUCUUCCACCAACAAUGGUCAUAAGACUAAACCAUGAUUUCCAUUCUGUCCUCUCAAAUUUUUACAAGCUUGUGUGGCUUCUUGA